GUCUCCCAUUGGCUGCUAACUGACUAAUACUCUGUUGUUCUGUACAAAUCGAAGGAAACCACACUGACAAUAAAUUACAGCUAGGUAAUUAAUAAUUUGGUCCAAAAUACUCAAACCAUCUCCGAUAUUAAUAUAUAUUUAUGACAGGUGUAUACGGCGGCAGCCUGAGGCGUACGGAGGUGUGUUUUGUAGUAAACCAUGCUAGCACUGCUAGCUAACUAGCCAGCGUUUCGUUACCUCCUCUUCAUCUUCAUGGGUUUCUGCUGUUGAGUCUGCCAGGCCUGUGCUGGAGGCAGCGAGGCUAACAAAUUAAUGCCAUCAGCCAGGAACUCAGGACAUAUUAUGAGCGGGGCGAGUUGCAAAGCUAACGGUGCUGUGUACCCCGCUUCAUCAGAAAUGAUGAACUCGGUGAAGAAGCCGAAGAUGGAGCAGAUUCAGGCCGACCAUGAGCUGUUCCUACAGGCCUUUGAAAAACCCACUCAGAUAUACAGAUUUCUCCGCACAAGGAACUUGAUUGCACCCAUCUUUUUGCACAGGUCCCUCACCUUCAUGUCUCACAGAAAUGGUAGAACAAAUGCCAGAAGGAAAACAUUCAAGGUGGAUGAUAUGUUGCAGACAGUAGAGAAGAUGAAGGGAGAGCAGGAUUCUUCAAGUAUGUCUUCACAUCUGCAGUUAACCUUCACGGGGUUCUUCCAUAAGGAUGAAAAGCCAUCUCAGAAUUCAGAGAAUGAACAAAAUUCUGUGUCCUUAGAGGUGCUACUCGUCAAAGUCUGCCAUAAAAAACGCAAGGAUGUCAGCUGCCCGAUAAAGCAAGUGCCUACAGGUAAAAAGCAGGUGCCUUUGAACCCUGACAGUAACCAAACCAAGCCUGGCUCCUACCCUUCCUUACUGGUCUCCAGCAAUGAGUUUGAGCCCAGCAACAGCCACAUGGUGAAGUCCUAUUCACUCCUGUUCAGGGUGUCACACACAGGGAGGAGGGAAGCCAACGGUCUGGUUAACGGAGAGGCCAAUGAGAACAUUGAUGUAACAGAUACUCCCAGUAGAAAAAAGAGAAGUUCAUCCCAUAGAGAGGAGGGCGACACCACGGAGACAUAUGUUGCACAAAUGACUGUCUUUGAUAAGAACAGGAGGUUGCAGCUGCUGGAUGGGGAGUAUGAAGUGUCGAUGCAAGGCAUGGAGGAUAGCCCUGUGAGCAAGAAGCGAGCCACGUGGGAAACCAUUCCGGAUGGGAAGAGACUGCCACCAUUUGACACAUUUUCUCAGGGACCCACAUUGCAGUUCACACUGCGUUGGACAGGUGAUGCCAGCGGAAAGUCUACCGCCCCUGUGGCCAAACCCCUUGCUACCCGCAACUCUGACAGCUCCAGCCCCAUGGAGACCAGGACCAGCAACCACAGAGCUGCCCUCAUGACAGUGAAAGAGUCAGUCAGCACAGACAUUCAGACGAGGAAAGAGCAGGUUCCAUGUGAGCCGCGGCAGAAGCUACGUAUAUUUUAUCAGUUCUUGUACAACAACAACACACGGCAGCAGACGGAGGCGAGAGAUGAUCUUCACUGCCCCUGGUGCACCCUGAACUGCAGCAAACUCUACAGCCUCCUCAAACACCUCAAACUCUCCCACUCCCGCUUCAUCUUCAACUAUGUGCCUCACCCCAAAGGUGCGAGGAUAGACGUGUCCAUCAAUGAAUGCUAUGACGGUUCGUACGUCGGUAACCCUCAGGACAUCCACAGCCAGCCAGGCUUUGCUUUCAGCCGCAACGGCCCAGUCAAGAGGACUGCUGUCACUCACAUACUGGUUAGCAGGCCCAAGAGGACCAAACCAAGUCUAUCAGAGUUCCUGGAGUCUGAGGACGGAGAGUUAGAGCAACAAAGGACCUACGUCAGUGGGCACAACCGCCUCUACUUCCAUAGUGACAGCUGCAUGCCCCUGCGGCCCCAGGAGAUGGAUGUGGAUAGUGAGGACGAGAGAGAUCCAGAAUGGCUCAGAGAGAAGACGGCCACGCAACUGGAUGAGUUCACAGAUGUCAAUGAGGGAGAGAAGGAGGUGAUGAAGCUGUGGAACCUGCAUGUCAUGAAGCAUGGUUUCAUAGCAGACAACCAGAUGAACCAGGCCAUCAUGCUUUUUGUGGAGAACAGCGGUGCUCACAUCAUCCGCCGUAAACUCUGCCGCAACUUCCUCCUACAUCUCGUCAGCAUGCAUGACUUCAACCUGGUGAGCACAGUCACCAUAGACCGUGCCAUGGCCCGUCUGCGACAGAUUCAAGAAGAGCUGCCAGACACCGAGGAGGAGCAGCAGGACCAGAAUCUGAUACCAGCAGGAGCUUGCAAUGGCAACGCUGUCAUCUCCAGUGGGGGGAAGCAGGGCAAGAGAACAAAAAGUGCGCUAACGGACUGAUACAGGCUGGACAGAUUGACGGAACAAUGAUUAUCGUCUUGUUCUUUUGUUUGUUAGUUGUUUUUUUUUUCUUUGUUUAAUGAACAUUACCAACCCUCUGGUGCUUAGAUAGGUGGGAGCAGUGGUCAAUGGAGGAUGUGACCUGAAGCAGAUCAAUAAACAAGGUAAACAAGUUUUUGGAACUUGAGAACUGAACCAAAUAUGAACAAUAUAAAUAUGAAUCACCCACAACUACACAAGCCAGAUGUUUGAAGACUGGAUGAUGCAAGUCGAACCUACCUAAGAUGAAUUUUGUAGGGGCAACUGAUGUAUCUGUGCUUGGGUGAGAGUGAACAAGUUGAGAAUCUUCUAAUGCGACUGCCUUUGGUAUGUCCUUGAUACAUUCAACUGUACUGAGACUACAGUUAAAACUGUUCUGGCAACAUUGUCACUGAUAGUUGUGUACACACAAUAAUCUUCUUGGAAAAAUCGUAUCAUUUUAGCUGAUUAUUUUAGCACUUGGUGUUUGUGUUUAGAAAGCUGACCAUGAACUUCUUUUCUCUUUGUUUAAAUUUCCCUUGCGCCAAAUGUUAAACGCAGCUUUUUCACUGUCAUCAGUGGAGAAACGUUAGCAAGUUUGAUUUCACUAUUGUGAAUUACAUUUAAUUUAAAGGGUCACACAAUUAAGAGAACAUCACAGUAAAAAUUUACACUUGGCAUUGAUGCUUAGAGUAUAUAAAGUUUGUGGUAGGACUACACAAAUGGAUCAUGGGUUUUACUGGUAGGUUGCCAUAACAACAGUGUUGAUGCUAUAGUGUAAGGUUGGGUCUUGGACGAGGAUAAAUUCAGAUUUUAGGUCCAGGCUAAAACUCUUAAUUACCCCAUAAGCCUGUGGCCUGCGUUGAUAAUAGCUCAAGAAAACCCAGGGAAUUAACUGUUCAGAAAAUGUUUUAUUUUUCUUUAAUGUUUUACACACAAAAAAAAAAAAUACCAGCAGUGCAUCAGCCCGUAUAUGGUGUAUAGCAUCAAAGAUAUAAAAGCCAACAGCUUUCUGGUGGUGCAGUCACCUGUAGUCAUUUUUUAAUGAGUUCUGAAUAUCAGUAACUGACUGACAUCUGUAUAAUCACACCACACUGUGCCCCAUUCUGAAUCCAAUAAUUAACAGACUGCAGAUCUCCUGUCAAAGCAAUAUGCUGUUUAUUGGAUGGUUAGUUUUCAGGUCCCAUUAAGUUCUGUUAGGUGCAGUUUAUGCCAAAGGAGAGGGAGAAUAUUUUCAACAGUUCUGUAUAUUUAGUGUCUUUUUCUUUUGUUCAUUCCAUAAGUUGUUUUUUUUUUUUGAAAAGCAGUAGUUUUCUAGUGUGCACAUAAACUAGACCAUAAUCACAGACCAUGCAUAGUUUCAUUAACCUUUGCUGGUGGACGCCCUGUUAACAGUGUGUUUUCUCCCUCCAUUAUUCAUGGUGGGUUUUUGUAUUCAUCUGGAAAAAGGGACACAUUCGCCAUUAUUGUCAAAAUACCCUGUUAAAAACUGUAAACUGUACACUCUGGCUAAGGGUAUUUUUAUAUUUAAAGAAAUAAAUUGCAUUUGACCGUA